AUGCUCUCGUCGAUCAAGUCUCAUCUCAUACUCAUUCUCUCUCAUCCUUCGAGCGGCGGCGGCAAGACGUUGCGAGGCUUCGACUCGAGCGGCAGGACCUCGACUCGAACUGAAGUGAUCGAUAACCCUACUUUUCCCUUAGAUCGGGUCGAAUUUCAUCACAGGAACCGCUUCUAUCAGAUUUUGACGAAAAUGACUCAAGACGUUGAGAUGAAGGAGCAGCAGCUCGCCCCCUCAAAUUCCAUUUCAACCACUUCACCUACUACUCUUCAGCUUUUGAAGGACAUUGCUGGGUUGAUUGAGGUGGGGGCUUACACUCGAGAGGUCCGGAGGAUUGUGAGGGCUAUUCGGUGGACCAUUCAGCUGAGAAAGAAGCUGAAGGCUUCUUCUAUUUCUGCUUUUCUCAAUUUUGCCCUUGUGCCCGGAUCUGAGGUGCAUUCGCGCUUGUCCUCAUAUGUUCCUCAGGAAGGUGAGCAAGAUAUGGAAGUCGAUAGCGUGACUUCUGGUACACAAGCCCCUGCAAAACACUCCUUGCCUGAAAUCGAGAUAUACUGCUAUUUGCUUGUUCUGAUCCAUUUGAUUGAUCAGAAGAGAUACAAUGAGGCUAAGGCUUGCUCUUCAGCCGGCAUCGCUCGUUUGAGGAAUGUUAAUAGAAGAACAGUUGAUGUCCUAGCAGCCAGGCUCUACUUUUACUUCUCCUUAAGCUACGAACUUACUGGCAAUCUUGCUGAAAUACGAGGUGAUCUUCUUGCUUUGCACCGGACUGCAACUUUGCGCCAUGAUGAGUUGGGGCAGGAAACUCUUUUGAAUCUUCUGCUGAGGAACUACCUUCAUUACAACUUAUAUGAUCAAGCUGAAAAAUUGAGAGCAAAGGCUCCCCGGUUUGAGGCUCAUUCAAACCAGCAGGCAAGUCUUAAGGCCUGCAUUGCCUUUUUUAUUAGGACAAUUCAGUUAGAGUACACUGAUGCCAAGGAAUCUCUCCUCCAAGCUGCCAGAAAAGCUCCUAUAUCUGCUCUCGGCUUCCGAGUUCAGUGCAACAAGUGGGCUGUGAUUGUCCGCUUACUGCUUGGUGAAAUUCCAGAAAGAACUGUUUUUAUGCAGAAAGGGAUGGAGAAAGCCCUGCGGCCCUACUUCGAGCUUACAAAUGUGAGUAUAUCCUAUGGACCUUUGCGAGAAUUUUCUCACUUGUAUUCUCAUGAAUGGACUGAAAAUAUUCUAGGGUUUCCGAGAGAAAUAAAAACUGUCACAAGGUUUCGGUACAUCUCCUACUCGAUAAUCUCCUUGUCUGACGUGGCACUCAAGCUGAGGCUCGACUCCCCAAACCCCAUAGCUGAUGCCGAAAGCAUUGUCUCCAAGGCCAUUCGAGAUGGCGCUAUCGAGGCCUCGCUUGAUCGGGCCAACGGUUGGAUGGUUUCCAAGGAGACAGGCGACAUUUACUCCACGAACGAGCCUCAGGCCGCAUUCAACUCGAGGAUUGCCUUUUGUCUCAACAUGCAUAAUGAGGCUGUUCGGGCCCUGAGGUUCCCGCCAAAUUCGCAUAAGGAGAAGGAGAGUGCGGAGAAGAGAAGGGAGAGGCUGCAGCAAGAGCAGGAACUCGCUAAGGUUAUAGCCGAGGAAGAUGACGACGAGUUUUGA